AUGGGUAUACAAAAAAGAUCUACGUCUUCUAGUGGGAGUAAGAACCAGCCACGGUCGUUUAAGUGCACUGGAUAUGGUAGUUGUGAUAUGUCGUUCACGAGGGCGGAGCACUUGGCGAGGCAUAUACGGAAACAUACGGGGGAAAAACCAUUCCAAUGUGAAGUGUGCAACCGGUUUUUUAGUCGAAUUGAUAACUUGAAGCAGCAUAGAGAAUCUGUACACUGGAUUCCAACAAUUUCUACGACAAGGUCCAAGAGACAAUCUAGAAGCAAGUCGUUGCAGGAAUUGCCUUCGACGCAUACGUCUUCUGCUUCGUCUUCGGCGUCUUCGUCCACCACGGGGAAGAAUACCGGUUUGGAUUCCAAGCUGCAAUUUGGGAGCAACCAUAUUCUUAAUUCGACGGAGACACCUACUGCGUCGACUUCAGCUAGGUCAUCUUCGCUGCCUACGUAUGAAUCUUCGGCAGUUCAUAUGAAUAUCCCGUCACCUGCAUCUCCAACUACUUCUGCUUCAGCUCACCAGCAUCAGUAUCUCUACCAACAGGCACAGCAGCAGCAGCAGGCAAAUGCGUUGAACAGUCCUAGAAUGAUACUGCCUCCGAUCUUCAUGACAACUAUAAGGAAUGGAGCUGCAAAUGACCCGCCAACCAUAAUCAGGCAAUCCAUAGGCAACACACCGCAACAGAUGGAAGUCCACAAUAAGCAGCAGCAGCAGCAACAACAACAACAACAACAGCAGCAGCAGCAGCAGCAGCAACAGCAACAAGGGCGGCAAUCAUUCUCAAAAUAUUAUCCAACAAACCAACCUUUGACUCCUAAUGGCUCGAACGACAGGCAUUUCAACGUGGCUUGGGAUCAAAGAGUGUAUGUUACAACCUCCCUAAGCAAUAACACCCCUCGUCCAUCGUUACCACCUCCACAUUUGCAUCAGCACCACUCUAUGCCAAACAUAGGUGGUUACUCAAAACUAACCUAUGGAAGUGAGUACGUUGUUGAUUCACCACCCAUGGAAAACGCACCGCUAAAACCAUAUGUGAUACCAAGAAACUCUUUUUUUUCGAAUAACAUUAAGGUUGAAAGAAUCGAGAACCAAUUAGGGCACGCUCAGAUUGAGAAUGUAAAGUCCAAUACUGUGCCGAUUACAAUUGUCUCUUCGAAAAAGCAUUCAAUCGGAUCCGCCAUCUCAAGCUUCAUUCAUUCAGUUCCCAGUACCACCGCUUCUUCGACUACAAUAUCUACAGCGGCCUCUAAGAUCGAUUCAUCUACCUCGGCAUCGGCGACUACUACAGGCACAACCACGCCAACUAAAGCUACUAGCGCUGUUGCUGCAGGCCAAGAGGAUGCAAGAGUUGGCCGGAUUUCGAUCAGUUCCAUGCUAUCGUAA